GAGGCCGCGCGCAGGCGCGGGGCGGUGCAAGGCGGGCUGGGGCGGGAAACGCGCGCCCGCGCUGGAGCCCGGCCAGGCCGCGCGGCGCCGCAGCAGACAUGAAGGUCAUCACUUGUGAAAUAGCGUGGCAUAAUAAGGAGCCCGUUUACAGCUUAGACUUCCAACAUGGAGCUGAUGGGAAGAUCAAUCGACUGGCCUCAGCAGGUGUGGACACAGCCGUUCGUAUAUGGAAAGUAGAAAAAGGGCCAGAUGGAAAAGCAAUUGUGGAAUUCUUGUCCAACCUUGCUCGCCAUACCAAAGCAGUAAAUGUUGUGCGCUUCUCUCCAACCGGUGAGAUCCUAGCAUCUGGAGGAGAUGAUGCUGUUAUUUUAUUGUGGAAGCUGAAUGAUAGCAAAGAAUUGGAACCAUUAGUUUUUCAGGAUGAAGAUGAAGCUCACCUUAACAAGGAGAACUGGACAGUCAUUAAAACUUUAAGAGGCCACCUAGAAGAUGUAUAUGAUAUUUGUUGGACCUCAGAUGGAAAUUACAUGGCAUCUGCUUCUGUAGAUAACACAGCUAUAAUGUGGGAUGUCAAUAAAGGACAGAAGGUUUCAAUAUUAAAUGAACACAAGAGUUAUGUCCAAGGAAUAACCUGGGAUCCUCUAGGCCAGUACAUUGCAACUCUGAGUUGUGAUAGGGUCCUGCGGGUGUACAACACGCAAACCAAGCGUGUUGCAUUCAAUGUUACCAAGUUGCUGUCCGGAUCAGGAGCUGAAGGAGAGGCUAGGAGCUAUCGGAUGUUUCAUGAUGACAGCAUGAAGUCAUUUUUCCGCAGACUCAGUUUUACUCCUGAUGGCUCCUAUUUACUCACGCCAGCUGGCUGUGUUGAAUCGGGCGAAAAUGUAACAAACACCACAUAUGUUUUCUCCAGAAACAAUCUUAAAAGGCCCAUGGGUCACCUGCCAUGUCCUGGAAAGGCAACUCUUGCUGUUCGCUGCUGCCCAGUCUACUUUGAGUUGAGACGAGCAUUUAAUAAAGAUGAAAUCAGUCAGAAAUCAUCUCCUGCUCUAUUUAAUCUGCCCUAUCGAUUGGUGUUUGCUGUUGCUUCAGGAGAUUCUGUGCUUUUUUAUGAUACUGAGCAGUCCUUCCCCUUUGGUUAUGUUUCUAACAUCCAUUAUCACACCCUGAGUGACAUUUCAUGGUCCAGCGAUGGAGCCUUUCUUGCUAUUUCUUCCAUGGAUGGAUACUGUUCAUUUGUUACCUUUGAGAAGGAUGAACUGGGAAUAGCACUGAAGGAGAAGCCACAGAUAAAUGUCAGGACUUCUGGUGCAACAGAGAAGAAAGUGAAAAAGAGCCAGUCGCACAAAGUCAUUUCCCCGGGCUCUAAGCUGACAGAGGGGACUCCUCCUGGCAGGGUCACCGAUCCCAGCACUCCCACCCUCCAACCUAGAACACCUACAGCUGUCGGUAAGGACUUGUCUUCCACACCUGUAAGCAUAAAAAAUGUUCCAGUCUCAUCUUCAGACGAGAGGAAAAUCACCCAGUCAGCCAGCCAGAGCACUAAAGUAAACCAGCCCAGGAGGAUUACUCUCAACACUUUACAAGCAUGGAGCAAGACGCCAAGGAGAGUAAACUUGAUUCCACUGAAGCCAGAUAUGACAACCUCUGCAUAUACAGAUACAGUUCCUAUACCUCCUUCCUCAGAACGGGAACGUGAGAGGCCGUUACCAUCUGAUGACAGUCUUCAAAAUCCUCCAGCAUCAAAACGACCUAGAACUGAGGAAGUGUCUCUUUCUACAUCUGCUGAAGGUCAAGUCAGCUGCAAUUCAAACAAAUAAAGGCUGAGCUUUUAGUAGACUCUUCACAGUCUGAAGGCAAUCCAGCCAUAGCUGAGAGUACAUUUAUUUUGCAAAUGUUAAAUCCUCAAUUCCUGAUUAAAGUACCAUACGCAUAUUUGACGUAGUGCUGUGAAGAGAGAAACUGGCAGUAGAAGACACAGAUUUCAGGAAUGUAGCUUUGCAGAAGAGGAAAUAGUUGGGAAGUGCCUUCUAAGUGCGUUUCUACUUCUUGAAGACAGCAUUCUUCAAGAAAUGCCACAGCUUAAGGAAUUCAGGGAAAUCUGGGUAUUAAAAAGCCAUACAGUAACCUAAAAGUCUCCAUCAAAGUCCCGAAGUUGAUGUUUGUAAAGUAUUGUAUCUUCCAGUAACCUAUCUGGCAAAAGAAUAGAAUUUCGAAGGACUUAAAUGCAUUCAUAAUGAUUUAAUGUGGUUUAAGACCAAAAAAAAAAAAAAAAAGAAACCGUUUUAUUCAAGUAUCUUGGCUUAUAUGUUUAGCAGUGUGCAAAAUAAUUCAUGCUGUCCAGUACAUGUGGAAUGGAAGCUGAUGUUCACAUGCUCUGAAUGCAGCAGCAUACAAUAUGACUGAUAUGACUGAAACAUAAAUCAGAACUUGUAACUGCAAGAAACAAGAAAGCAAAAGGAAGAAACCAUCUGAAGACCUGUUAUAAGCAUUAAACAGCAGAAGGAAGUUCUUAAUUGUUUAUUUUCUGUGUUUUAAAAAAAAAAAAGCAGACAUGAGAUUUUCCUGAGGUGGCAGUAUUUGAGUGUAUGCAUCAGAAGUUUUCGCCCAUUUUUCCAAAUCUUAACUCCCUUAGCCAAUAAAAUAUAAAUCCAAUGUAUGUUAAACUUCUAAAAGUUGAUUUCUUUUUAGCAUUUAAUACUUGCGCUAAGCGUUUAGCAUUUAAUAAUUGAACUAAGACCUGCAGAUUGAAAACAAUGAGUCCAAAAUAUUUGAAAAUCACUACUCUGGAUUUGCUAUGGUGUGCAGACUUGGCCUGUAGAAGUAGAAUGCUCAACCACAGUAUUCUGAGCUCAUCCACUUCAUUUUGUUUAACAUCAUGGACUUGAUUUUAAAAAGUAAGAUAAUUCUUAAAAUGUGAGUAGUCGUUCUAGCUGGUGAUAGCAUGUAGAAGUUUUAAACAGAAUUUUUUCUCAUGAUUUAGGCUAUUUUUCUAUCAUUUGAAGUUCCACAACACACAGGAGGGGAAAGCUGCAAUUCAUAUUAAAGCUCUUUGACUUUCAUUCUUCCCUGGAUUUGGUUGUUUUUAAGGUGUGUAAUUUACUUAGUGUUUGUUUUCUGUCAGUUUCUAAGAAAGUGGACUAAUACUUUAGAAAAGCAGAAAUACAAAUGUUUCAGAAUUAAUGUUUCAGAUUAAUAAAAGUUAAUAGGGAGGAAAUAUUAACAAAUACCUAUGUCAGUGUUUCAGGCAAAUGAAGUAAGUUGCCUACAAUUUAAUUUCAACAGUAAUUAAUAAGCAAAGAGUUGUAGGAAACUAACUGUAUCUUUGCUUUCAAUCACAGAGAUGAGGAUGGAGCUUUGUUAGACUUCGAAAGUGUGUUUUCUUCUGGAGAGGAAUAUAAAGACUUAAUUACCAAGCAAAGCCACAUCUAAAACUUUUUUCCCCAAAAGUUUAUAGAGAUAUCUGAAUUGAUAGCUGAAGCAGAUAUUUGUAACUAACAUGCAUUGCCUGACUUGCUAUUUUAUGUUUUGUCCAGUUUGAGCUAUAAGAACAUUGGUAGUUCAUCUUUCUGUGGGACAGUGACCCACUUAGUACAGUACUGCAGUGUUUUGUUUUGUGCACUGCAAAGGAUCCUUUGAAUUCAAACUUAGACUUCUAAAUACUAAUUGCAAAGCUAUCCUGAUAGGUAUUUUAAAACCUUUUUUGUUGGUUUUUUUUUACACAGUGUAUUUCACUGUAAACUACUCUUUCUGUUGAAAACUAGUAGGUUGGGUAUAUUAUUUUAGUGUUAUUGGCAUGCCUGGUCUCUGUGGUCUUCAGUCUUCAGAUGCAAUUAAUUGCAAGAGUAUUCAACUUUAUUUCAUACCUUGACCAUUCAGGUGACAUCCGCAUUUGUUUAUGUGGUUCCUCAGCUUAUUUUUGUUCUGCCUUACAAUCUAAUAGGAGCUGUAAAGUUAAUGUGGCUUUCAUAGCUGCCAUUUGGAGACUAUUUUCACAUCAUGAUCUCUGUCAGAAUGCUCUAUCUGAUACUUCGUCUUCCUUAAUAGGAAUUUUUUCCAUUUAGUUCUAGUUGUCUCUUGCCACUAUGAUUUCCUACUUCUCUGUUGAUUCUGUUACUUAUACACUACUCUGUCAAAUUUAUACAGCACUAGUUUUUUAACCGUUUUCUAUAAAUGGAUACCAUCAUUUGUAUAAUAAAUUACUAUCUUUAACACUGUGGCAGUCAGAACUGUAGAUUCCUGGGGUUUGUGAUUCCUCUUUCAGUCUCCAAGGGGCUAUCCCCACCUAACAUUCAUACUUAAGAAAUUGAAAACUAUUCUUACACUGUUUAUAGAAAGUGGGUUCAUGUUUUGUUCUCAGUCAUGCACUAGACUCUGCUUCAAGACAGAACAUGCCUGGUGCUGUUUCAGUUCUUUCUUGACUGCUUCAUAAGGUGAUGUAUUGCAUAGACAUAAUUCUUUCAAGCAUGUGCUUUAGUCCAGGUUUGGCUUAAAUGUUAUUUUUAAUUGGCCAGCUGAAUUGUUCAUACUUCAAAUGGACCCUGAGUUCAUAUUCCAGCUGUGAAUGUGGUGUAGGUGCUGUCUUAGGUCACAUUUUGCUCAGUGCCUUCUGUAAGGAUCUUACCUGCUUUGAGGACUAUUAUCGUGCUUGUACUAUCUUGAUGAGGUAGCAUUAUGGAAAAAUGCCCUAUCUACAUCUUUUGACCUCACAGCAAUAAGAAGAGGGAGCUGAACUCAUAGAAUUAACUUCUGUAAUAGGCAGCAAAUUACUGUUAAACUCAGGGAACCAUGGAACUCUUCAUUUGGGGUGUUCAAGCCCUGUGCCCAUCAACAUGUUUGGUGCUAGUGUAUAUCAGUGUCCCACAGGCCAAUCCCCUGGAAAACAAACAAACAAAGAAACAAACAAAAACAACAAACAAACAAACAAGAGCACAGUUGCACAAAGUCAUUUCCCGAGGCUGUAGGCUGACAGAGGGGACUGUUUGAGCAGCAGGGUUGGGUCAGAUGACUUCCAGAGGUCCUGUCCAACCUCACCCGUUCUGUGAUUCUGUGAAUGCUGCCACUUCCAGUUUGGCAUAGUUUGAAUGAGCAAGUACUCUAACACUUAAGAUGGAGAAGUUACUAGUCAUGGGAGUUCGCUGAUAUAUGUGGUCUUUAUGUGCCAUUUCUUUCCAUCUUCCUCAGAAUCACAUGGAUUUUUCUAAGUGCAUGAAGCAUAAUGAAAGGUGGGGAGUGAACACAUCCAAUAUGCCUACUGCACAAAUAAAGGCUUCUGCAUUAUCUGAUAGUGUAAAUAUCUGUGUGGACUAUAUGUCUUGGAGAGUUCAAGUUACAGGCAAGUGAUCCUUUCCCUUUUUCAGAUUGGUUUUCUUGCAUGUCUUACAUGUACUUCUCUGGCUUGAUAGUAGAUCUUUUAAAAUGUCAUCUUUAUGUCCCAGUUCUGCAUACUUUCUUAUUUAAGUAUGUGUCUGUAUGUAUGUGUAAUAAUUUUUCCAUGUCAGAAAACCAGUUUGUUCGUUACCUUAAACCAUGUGCCUUUUUUCAUAAGUUCAGUGAAGGGCUGGAAAAGCCAGGCUACAGAAGCACAAAGCAUGAGACUUCUGUGUAAAAACAAAGUGCAGAGCGACCGCUGGAUGUCACUCUUCUGAUAGGAUUCCUCUUCCCGGGGCUAUGGGGGAAAAAAUGCUACUAGCGGCAGCAAGGAGAAAGAAAACACUUUUCUUUUUAAAUAAAAGCUGUAGGUGAAUCUAUAUAACAAAUGUAUGUUAUCGCAAAAUAAAUUGUUUCUAUUGUUUCUACAAGCUUCCUUCUAAGAAGACAGGGUUUGCUUUCUUAUGAAUUACAUUUUAUAAUUGACUACGGAAAGUAAGUCCAUACCAUGAUAGCAUUUCUCUGUUGGGAGAUGUAAAAUGAUAAACCUGAAAUGCCACAUGCAGGCUGAAACUUUCCAAGAAUGUCUUAAGCAUCAUUUCUGUUGAAAAGCUCUUUGAAGAGGUAAUGGGAGGGAUCUGGAAGGCAUGUGGACCAUCUGGUUAGUAUACACUCCAGGCAGCUUUCAUUUGUCUUGCCGCGAGUUAACCAAAUUGUGAUACACAGAUUGCUACAAGUACACAAAGUAUUUCAACAUCCAGGACCUGCUGCUGCCACCACCAGUGCUAGCACCUACAGCUCUGGGUGGGAGUUGGUAAAAAAAGAGAAAAAUAUUUGCAUGCUCCACCCAUAAGUCAAAAAGCAUUUAAUCAUGUGUGUCCAUAUAAUAAUACUGUCUUAUCUGUCCUAAUCUGUUUUAAAAGGGUGCACUGCCAUGUUAUUUGUCUUCCAGCCCAUUAAAAGGAAAUGAAAAACAUGAGGGCAGAGUCACACAAAGCUGCUGGAGCCUAGGAGAAAGUGGCCAUGGUGAGUGGCAGGUGUAAGGACAGUAUGUAAGCAAUCCUCAUGCAUGAUAUGUGUUCUGUGUGCAAGAGCAAGAAGUCAUACAACUCCUUACUUAUGUGUCAUUUUUUACUCCUGGUUAGAAAGGGACUUCUUGCUGCUUCCACCAUGUGUCAGGCUAGUGCUGCUCAGUCAAUGAUAGGUCUUUUCCAUUGUUGAGUUACUGCUAGUUAAAAUCAGGAUCUCUUGCUCCUCAACAAAAACAUAUGCAGACAUACCACCUUAAAAACCAAAUACUUCUGUGAGCCACUGAACUAGUAAGGCCUUGUUUCAGAUGGAUAUAUAGCUAAUUGCACUAGGGGUUUCAAAUAGAUCUUGCAACUUUUUAGAUGGGGAAGGAUUCACGACUGUGUUGCUCCUGGAAAGACUUUCUGGUAUGUAAUAAAUGUUAAUUUUUAGACAGCUAGAAAUCAUGCUCAUGUGCUAUUGAUGUUAGCUUUAAUUUUUCUUCUAUCUAGCUACCUGUAUUAAUACAUCUUGUAAUUAUUUAGCCACUGCCUUUUUGUCAAAAUUUGGUUGAUAUUUGCCUAUGGAUUCAAAACAGAACCUCUGUACUGUGUGUGCACAUUCUCCAUGUUUACAUAAGCAUCACUUCUUAUAAAAGAAAACAGGCUUACCAAGUAA